UGAAGAGUCAUAUUUGUCUGGAUGCACUUCCAACAAUUAGUAUGGAGGACACUGUGCAUGAUACUGAAGACAACUCCCAAGACCCUACUAUUGCAGACAUGCAUCCAAUCCCAGAGACUGCUAAAGUCCUGGUUGAGGAUGAUAUCAUUGGCCAGCCAGCAUCUAUAACAUACCACAGUUGUCUGAAGCUGCUUGCAGAAUAUCUUGUUCUACCUGUGAACAUAUGUACUGCUAAGGACACAAACACAAAUGUAGAGUGUGGGGCACAUAAACCAUUUGAGGUCAACAUCCAUUCCAGGGGUACAGCUGCAAUUGUGGAAUGGAUAUGUUGUAACGGUCACACUGUUUGGAAAUGGUCUUCACAGCCCUUUUUUAAAUAUGCAAUGCUUGCUGGGGACUUUAUGUUGGCCUGUAACAUACUGCUGUCUGGCAACAACUAUGCCAAGAUUUCCCUUCUCUUUAAAUUCAUGAAUAUGGGGAUGGUGGAGAGGUCGUCUUUUUUUCGAGUACAAGACUCCUACUGUGUGGACACCAUAAAGGAGUUCUGGAAUGAGAAGAGAGCUGAAAUCAUUGCCCAGCUACAGUCUAAAGGGCCUAUUGUCGCCCUAGGUGAUGCUCGGAUGGACAGUCCUGGAUUCUGUGCACAGUAUUGCACAUACACAACCAUGGAAAAUGAUUCCAAGCACAUAAUCUACAUGGUCAAUAUCGACAAGAGGGAGACACAGAGGAACUCCGUUAUCAUGGAGAAGGAGGGCUUUCAGCGGACCUUUGAGACACUCCGUCAAGAAAUAAACUUGACAGAAAUUUGUACUGAUGCUCAUUCCCAAAUAUCAGCCCUCUUCAACAAAGGAAAAUACAAAGACAGCGGAGUCCACCACACACUGGACGUCUGGCAUGGGUCCAAAAACUUGUGCAAAAAAAUUCAUGCCGCAGGGCAGCAAAAGGGGUGUGCCAUUCUCCAGAUUUGGAAUAAAGACAUUUGCAACCACUUUUGGUACUGCUGUAAGACUGCAGAUACCUAUGAAGAGUUCAUUGACAUGUGGGUGGGACUCCUUCACCAUGUCACAGGAGAACACACAUGGGCCCUUGGUGAGUGUCAACAUGGCCCCUUGCUUGACAGCAGGGAGAAGGAUUGGAUUAAGAGUGGUUCAGUGGCACAUGAGAGGCUGGCCGAAAUUAUUCUGGAUGAACGCUGGCUGAAGAUUGUCCCCAAGUAUCUGCGUUUCAGGUCGACUGCAGAUUUGGAGUCAUUUCACAACCAUGUUCUCAUGUAUGCCAGCAAGCGCUUCAGCUUUUCCCCGCCAGUGUACGCUGCUCGGACCAUGCUGGCUGGCCUAGAUUACAACCACCAUGUCCAGAGACCAGCCAUGAGAAAAGCUGAUGGCACAAUUCUGUACAGCAAGCUGUACAACAAGAAGUCCAGGAAGUGGAGAUUGUAUUCAGUAAAGGUGAAGAAGGACUACAGCUACGUUGCAGACCUACAGCGUGCCAUCCUCCUUCGACGGCUAUCAGAUAAUAAGGGGAUGGCUAGAAUUAGAACCAGGAGACCUGAUGAUCCCCGUCAACAUGGCGUUCUGUCUGGUGCACCUGCCCCAUCAACACAGGAGCUGUUGCAAAUUCAAGUCAGCAGAGGGUCAGGUCAAUUGUUGCCAAAACAAUAAAUCAUCUUCAUAGUUGAUGUGAUGCUACGUCCGAAGUCUGGCCCGUCAACCGGUCAAG